AUGCAGCGCGCCACUCGCACCCUCAGCACCGCCCUCCCGACCCUGCGCACCCGCACCCGCACCGUCGCCUCGUCCCCCGCCCUCCUCUCCUCGAUCCUCGCCGCGCCGCAGCGCUCCUUCACCGCCGCACCGGCACGACGGGACGCGAGCCCGAGCGCACCUGAACCGGCACACGAGGCGGCACCACCGAAGCUGGCGUACUUUGUGCCCCGGACAGCUCACGGCGAGCUCCCCGUCUACACCGACUACAAGAACGGCGGCUCGCGCGUGCUCACCAUCGUGCGCAAGGCGCAGGGCAACGUCGAGGCUCUCCGCUCCGACCUCGCCGAGUACCUCACGGCGCCGUCGCUCACCAAGCCGGCGCAGGGGCAGGUCGUGUUUGUCGGCGACUGGGUCAGGGAGACCAAGGAGUGGCUCGCCGCGCGGGGGUUCUAG